AUGGCCGUCCACACGGCCUAUUUGGCUGCUGGGGCCAACCGGCAGACGGCCGCCGCCGACUGGGGCGCCGACGGCACGCUGUGCUACGGUGCAGGCGUGAACCUGGCCGUGUGGCGGCCGGCCGAUGCCAACGGCGUGGCCCAUUUGCUUGGAGGACACGGCAGCGAGAUCAAGGCAGUGCAGUACUUGGCGGUGGACAGCGAAGACGGCCGGUCCUACUUUGUCAGCGGCGGCGACGACAAGGCGCUGAAGCUGUGGGCCGUGCCGUCCGACACGACCAGACGAGGCGCGCCACCACAGUGUGUGCAGACGAUUGAAGACGCUCACGCGGCGCCAAUGAACUGCAUUGCGGCUGCCAAGGCAGGGCAACCGACGGAGCGUGGCCGGCAGAUUUUUGCCACGGGCGGCGCCGACUACAAGAUCAAGAUCUGGGCGCUGGAGCGGAGGACAGGCGGCGGCGGCGACGCCAGCAGCGGGCCGCCUUUACAAAUUGUUCUCCUGCAGACGAUCCAGACGGCGCCGCGGUACUUUCCCCUGUGUCUGGCUCUGGUGGCACUGACGGACGGCACCGGAGCGGGAGCGAGAGCGGGAGCCGGAGGGUCGCAGUCGUGGCUGCUCGCUGCCGCUGGCACCAACAACCGCAUUCAGAUCUUUGGCGGCUCCGAGACGGCGACGAGCAUGAGAACGAGCACGAGCACGAGCACAACGGCCAGCACAGAAUCUGGCGUCGCCUUCGCACUGCAAGCCAGCCUCACUGGCCACGAGGGCUGGGUCCGGUCGCUGGACUUUGGCUGGGAGGGCGUGUCGUUUGCAUCGGACCUGCUGCUGGCGUCGGCCAGCCAGGACAAGUAUGUGCGGCUGUGGCGCAUCCACAAGGGCGCAGUCGCGCCACCACCGACGGCCUCGGCCACGGCGGCCGCCGCAGCGGUGGGCGACGAGGCGCCGACCGCCGGUGUCCCAGUGCACGGCAAGGGCGGCAGCAGCAACGCACCAUCCAACAAGGCACACCGGGUGCGAGCCGGUGGUGACGACGACGGCGACGAGUACUCGGUGACAUUUGAGGCGCUCUUGUUGGGGCAUGAGGACUGGAUCUACAGUGCGCGGUGGACAGCAUCGGGCGGCAGCGAGGACAGCAAGGACAGCAACUCACUGCGCCUGCUGACGGCCUCAGCAGACAACUCGCUUGCAGUGUGGGAGGCCGACGCGGCGUCGGGCAUCUGGGUCACGACAGCACGGCUGGGUGAGCUGAGCAAGGAAAAGGGCGCCACGACGGCGACAGGCAGUGUGGGCGGCUUCUGGGCGGGACUGUGGUCGCCGGAUGGGACAGAGGUGGUGACGCUGUGCCGGACAGGGAGCUGGCGCCGGUGGACUCUUGCCACCACGUCUCGCGCGGCCGGCGACGGCAAAGGCGAGGCGCCGGCCGAGGACAAAAAAGACGAGGACAAGAAAGACGAGGACGCACGAUGGAUCCAGGCCGUCGGCGCGGCCGGCCACGUGGCGCCCGUGACGGGCGUGGCAUGGUCGCGCGACGGUGCCUACCUGCUGUCGACGAGCGGCGACCAGACGACGCGGCUGCACGCCGCGUGGACGAAGCCGUCGCCGUCGCUGUCCGCCUCGUCCCUCGGCUCCUGGCACGAAAUGGCCCGCCCACAGAUUCACGGCUACGACCUCAACUGCAUCGACAGCCUGGGCGCCUCGCAGUUUGUGUCGGGCGCCGACGAGAAGCUGAUGCGCGUGUUCCACGAGCCCAAGACGGUGGCGCGGCUGUUGGCGCGGCUGACGGGGCGGUCGGGUGGUGACGGCGAGACGGGUGUGGACGCGCUGCCCGACGCCGCCAACAUGCCCGUGCUCGGCCUGUCCAACAAGGCCGUGGAUGAGGACGUGGUGGUCGACAGCGAGGCACGUGCCGAAGACGCGAACGCUACUACCGGCGACGCCGCCGCUGGCGACGGCCCACCCCCCGAGGAUGUUCUGGCGCGCAACACGCUCUGGCCCGAGACCGAGAAGCUGUACGGCCACGGCUACGAGAUCAGCUGCCUGGCCGUCAGCCACGACGGCCGGCUGGUGGCCAGUGCGUGCCGCGCCAGCUCGCUCAACCACGCCGUUGUGCGCCUGUUUGAGACGGCGCCGCGGUGGACCGAAGUGCGGCCGCCGCUGGCCACGCACACGCUGACGGUGACGCGGCUGCGGUUCAGUGCCGACGACCGGUACCUGCUGAGUGUGGGUCGCGACCGGCAGUGGGCCGUUUUCGAGAGGCUGCCGUCGGCGGCGGGAGGGGACGAAAACAACGACGAGCAAAACGAAAAGGGCGCCACCCACACCCCCGCCUACGCCCUUCUCCAGAACAACAGCAAGGCGCACACGCGCAUGGUUCUCGACUGCGCAUGGGCCCCGCCCGCUCCCUCCACCUCCAACGCCGCCGGCCACGGCGUCUUUGCCACGGCCGGCCGCGACAAAAAUGUCAAAGUGUGGGCCUCCAGCGACGGCGAGACGGGCCGGUCCUUGUCCUUUGCCCUCGCCACGACGAUCCCACAGGAACACCCCGUCACGGCAGUUGAUUUUCUGUGGCGGCCGACCACGACCACAACCGCAACCUCGUCGACGCCCACAUUGGCAUUGGCCGUCGGCACGGAAGCUGGUCGCCUCUCCAUUGUGUCGCUGGACGCGCACACGCUGGCUGUGACGGCGGCCGUGGCGCUCGAUGCCAGCCUGUGCCUGCCCCGGGCGGUCUUGCAGCUGGCCUGGCGGCCGCCGACGACCACCAGCUCAAUUGAUACCGGAAGUGAAACCAACGCCGAAACCGGUGCCGACCUGGCGGUUGCUGGCGAGGAUGCAUCCCUGCGUGUGUAUCAUAUAGCCGGGGUCUAG